AUGCCCACGAAAGGCGGACGACAUCCUUCGGGCCCGUGGGGGCGCCUCAAGCCCGUCGAGCAAGACCCCCUCGAAAGCAUCGGCCUUCCGUCCAAGGGCGACACCAGAUUGCUGGAUUUGAAGACGCAAGAGAGCUACUAUACCAAGAUAGUAGAGCGGUACAUGACGUUUUGCUCUGAUGCCGGCCAGCGGGAUGAACUGCUUCGAAGGUUCUCGUCGUUGGUAAUCUCACCUACCAAUCCAGCCCCUGCUCAGGCCAGCCCUCGCAUGGUUCUGCCCACAGUCACUGAUGAAUCACUCCAGAGCCCUGCCAAUACCAAGGCUCUGUCUGAUGUCAUGGCUGCUCUCAGAAAGCUCAGAGAGGGCAUCGUCGCUACUAAGCGGGCCGACGACUUUGCUGUCCAGGCCUAUCUUUUCUGCAUCCGACUGUCCAUGCUGGUCAAGCAUCCCGAAUCAUACCACCCGGCCAUACUCCAUCUGCUACGCUCGAUUCACCCGCAGCAGCCACUCACAUCCGUCGAGCUCCAAGAGGUGGUGGCCUAUCUCGUGCUGGACACCGCUUGCCGACGAGGGCAGCUGGCGGAAGCCUACGCAUUGCGAAAGCACUACGCUCUCAAAGAUACGAAAGUAAAUGCCGCACUGACAGCACUGGCACACGAUAACUACGUCUUGUUCCAGAAAGUGAAGAGGAGUGUGGACGGGCACCGAGCAAAGCUCAUGGAGUGGGCCGAGGGCGACGUGAGGAUGCACGCGCUCAAGUGCUUUGGGAGGACAUAUCUGUCGGUCGAACUGGACUUUUUGGAAAAGACUACGGGUUCCAAAUGGUCGGACCUGACUCAGAGAGAUGGUGUUGGCUGGGACCUGGAGGGAAGCAAAGUGUCGGACGAUAGAGGCUCUUCGGUGCUUCUGGCCGACUAUCGCACGGCUUGGCUUCUUGCAUCCGACGAGCCAUCAGCCCAAAUCAUCUGCAAGAAUGAAACCUUCAAGGUCCACAUGAGCGUCAUCAAGCAGCAUUCCGACUACUUUGAAACCUGCAUGAACAAGCCCUUCGCCGAGGCGGAUGGCGUGGUGCGCUUCGACGACAUCGAGCCACGGUACAUGGCCUUUUACCUGGGCGUGGCGUACAGCUACUCAUCCAUCAUGCCGCACACGCCGCCGUCUCCAUCUGAGAAUCCGGAGGCCAAGGCGCUGCGCACGCCUCUGCGCGACUACAUUGAGGUGUACAAGCUCUGCGACCGGUUCCUUAGCGCGCAGAUGGGCGACUUCAUCCUCAAGUGCAUCCGGACGAGCAUCGGGGACGGCCACCGCGCGCUGUUCCGCUCGGCUGCGGAUAAGGACCAGCAGAAGGCGCUGAUGAGGGACUUUGCGGACGGAUACGAGGCGCUGGAGCAGGGGCACGCGGUGCAGGAGGAGCUGGCGGAGCGCAUCAUCGAGUACUUUGUCGAGGGCGUCUGCUACGACGCGUGGGACGGGUACAUGGAGGAGGUGAUGAACCGGCCCAAGUUUGUGGCGCAGGUGUCCAAGGGAUUUGCGAGGAAGCUGGCGGAGGCGCUGGCGGCGAGGCACAAGGUGAAGCGCAAGGAGCUGGGUGGUCCAUGA